AUGUCUGACAUCGAAGAACAACAAAUUGUCGAGGAGGUUGCCGUUGAGCAAUCCUCCAUCUCUAUCGAGGACGCCCUUAAGGUUGUCUUGAGAACCUCUUUGGUCCACGAUGGUUUGGCCAGAGGUUUGAGAGAGGCCUCCAAGGCUUUGUCCAGACAAGAGGCCCAAUUGUGUGUCUUGUGUGACUCCGUCACCGAGGCUUCCAUCAUCUCUUUGGUUGAGGCUUUGUGUAACGAGGGUGAGGAGAAGAUUCCUUUGAUCAAGGUUUCUGACGCCAAGGCUUUGGGUGAGUGGGCCGGUUUGUGCCACUUGGACAGAGAAGGUAACGCCAGAAAGGUUGUUGGUGCUUCUUGUGUUGUCGUCAAGAACUGGGGUGCUGACACUCAAGAGAGAAACAUCUUGUUGGAGCACUUCGCCAACGAGUAA